AUGGCUUCCGAAGGAGGCAAUGGUUGCAUAUCCUUGACGAUACCAGAAGGAGCGGAAGGGGGAGAUGUCUUGACCUUUGUGGUGCAUGGACAAGAGUUGGAAAUACCGGUUCCCAUUGGAUCAACUCCAGGGGAUGUCUUGCAAUUGCAAGUUGGUCGUGAUACUAGUGGUGAGGGAGAUGAUAAUGCCGAUGGAGAUGCUAGACACACAAAACUGGAUUUGGGAAAGGGAAGAAUUCUCGAGUUAUCAUCCCAAUUGCCAAAGGAAUUGCUAGACGCGGUGCGAAAUGACGGUGCAUCACCCAGUGAAAAUGAUGAUAAUAAUGAUGACGGUGAUACGGUGGAUGAUGGGACCUAUGCCUUGCCAUGGCAAAGUGGAAAGGAGCUUUCCAAGCUAUGGGACGAGAUAAUUCCAUGCUUUGAAGGCGGAAGAAUGCCAAAACGGAUUGUAGAACUAGGGUCGGGAGCUCUGGGAUUGGUGGGAUUGUCCUUUUGCGUCAGUCUGGAAGAAGGGUUACUGGAAGCAAAAUCUAUAGUGCUCUUGACCGAUGUGCCAUCGGCCAUGCCACUGUUGCAAUACAACUUGGAACACAAUCAAUCACUCUUGCCUGAUGGACUCGUGGUAAACGCCAAACCACUUCCAUGGACAAUGGACCCUCCAGACGACGACAAUCACGAGGUCAAGACCAAUGAACCACCGUAUGAUUGUAUCUUGGGAUCCGACUUGCUGUACAAUGAAAAGUUCAUCCCGCAUUUGGUAGCUACUACCAAAAGAUUGCUUCAUCCGAUACGUGGCAUUUUCAUUCUGUCCGUCCGUUGGAGAAAACCCGACCUGGAACGGGAAUUCUUUCAGGAAUCAGGAUUGGAAUGGGAACUGAUCCAGCCUAUGUCUGGAAACCUGAGCUGUCCGUUGGACUGGAGAGCUUUUGGCGAUCCAAAGAAUGAAAAAUCCAACUUGUAUUUUCAUCAGACGCAAAUAUCAGUCAAAGGCAAACCAAAGGCGCUCGCUGACAUUACUGAGGAGGAAUCUGGGAAACUAUUGGCCGAUGAAUUUAAAGCAUGGGAUCGGGCACACAUACAAAUCUACAUCGGUAGGCAACCCAAAGCAGCCUAA